GAAAAAAAAUUGCAGUGAAUAAAUGAUAUUGAACUGAACGUAUACAGGAUGGAUAUUUUUGUGAAAUAAACGUAACACUUGUUAAAUUGAUAACGUAUCGAAAAAGUACUCAAAUUACAGUAUAAGCGCUCCAAUGAAUACAAAAUCUCGAAAUACAGUAGCAAUACCACAAAACACAAUAAAUAAUAAAAUACAAUGUCAUGUUUCGGUAUCGUUUUGAAUUAACCCUGAUAAGCAGAGACGUUAAAAACAUCCGACCAAUGAGGUUGAGAGUAGUUUUUGAUUGACGUGACUUUCGACCAAUGGGAUCGGCGAACAUGAUGUUUAUGCCAACCUCCUUUCCCCGUACAAGGCCACCGUUUAGGUGAGUAAAAAAAAAAGUUCAUUAAAACUUUUUCGCGUUUUAAAGCGUCGAACUCGACGAGCGAGCGCACCAACGAAACGAAUAUGAUCUAAAGAUGGAAAAUACGGGACGAUAUUGAGAUGACGACGGCUGCUCUUGUCAAAAUUACGAGCUCCACCGCUCCGCUCUUCAAGCUUCAUUGUUGACUUCGGGCAUCAUGAUGUGGGAGAUGGUGAUCCCAAAAGGUCUUUCCGGUGGUGACCCCAAACAGCACAAGGACCCCGAGCCCGGUCGCGAACGCACAGAUGAGAUUGCCGAAGUGGAUCAGGACCAAUCGCGUGAACCCUCACACGGCACGAGCAGCGAUACCUUAAUGGAAUACGCUGAUCUUCCAAACCUGGAGGAGGUCCCGGAGGAGAAAGAGAUGACGGCGGUUUAUCAAGUGGAGGUGGGCCUGGCCGAGUCCGUUCGGGGGCGCCGCGUGCAGCUAGGGGACACCCGUUGGCUGACGCAGCUGGCCCACAUUGCCACCGGGCCUCAAAGCCCACUCCUACAGGAGCCUCCGCGCAGCAGUUGCUCUUCCGCCCAAAGCGACCUCCAUUCCUACGCCCGGCCUCCCCCCGCUAACCCCGGCAGCAAGCCGUCGCCCCGCAGAGGCAGGACGAGCAGCGAACGUAGCGCCGAGGCGUCCGCCAGAUCCUCACCGUCCGAUGACGAGGACACGGCCUGGAGCGUCUCCUGGCCCGCCACCGCCUGGCACUGUUUUCUCAAAGGUACUCACCUGCGUUUCCAUAGCGGCGCCGGCGGGCAGUGGCAAAAUAUUGAGGACCUUCAGUCUGGCAACAAGGAACAGUCAAAAGCUUUGAAGGGUUACGGCUCUGAGGGUUUGCAGCUGGUGGCGCAUUCGGAAAACGUGCUGUCCGGUCAGGCCGUCUUGCAGCUGACCUUUGACCCCGGCGCCUUUGGCCAAGGCCUGUUAACGGCGCGCUGCCAACUGGACCACCCGUUCUACGUCAAAAACAAAGGUUGGUCAUCAUUCUACCCGAGCUUGACUGUGGUGCAUUACGGGAUAGCGGGGUACGAAAUGGAGCUGGGCGACGUGUGCCUGCCGCCAGGUCACAGAGAUGCCGAACAUACAGACGACUCGCUCGUCUUUGACACGUUUAAAAGUUACGAUUUCACGCCAUUGGACUCUUCCGCGGUUUACCUGCUGAGCAGUAUGGCCCGACGGCGAUACGCCUCCCAGUCCAGCGGGGGCACUGUUUCUCCAGACAGAGAAUUAUUACAAGACGCUCCCACGCCCGGCCACUCCCGCGGCCCUUACCGCAAGCCAAUCAAAAGCCAGAGUGUCAGCCAACCAGGAAGUAACCACACCGCACCCAAGUGCAAGCGUCCAAUGAACGCGUUCAUGCUUUUUGCCAAGAAGUUCAGGGUGCAGUACACGCAGAUGCACCCGGGCAAGGACAACAGGGCGAUCAGCGUGCUCCUCGGCGAGCGCUGGAAGAAAAUGCGAAGCGAGGAGCGCCGUGUGUUUACCUUGCAGGCCAAAGCGCUCGCCGACGAACGGAAGAGGCUCGACCCAGACUGUUGGAAACGCAAACGCGCCGACUAUUGUUUUCAAGGCGACAAGUAAAGGCAACCAAUGGCAGACUACGUGCACGUUCAUAAUUCACAAAAGUACACAUUCACAUUCUUUUGUGAUUAAGGGCGAUUAAAACAAACUUGACGCAUAAAUAACACAAUUAAACACAACUGAAUUGUUUUAUUCUUCAGAUAAAGUAUUUUGAAUAUCUUCAAACAUUUUUUCCCCUCAUCUUUCCAAUCAAGCGAGGCUCUUAAGCACAAACGUUUGCCCACCCUCGCUAUUAAAUAUUCACUUUUCCAGUUUAUGCUUUGAAUCGGUGCUACAUGUAAUCUCUUAAGUGUUUUUAAAAAUCUCAUUUUUCAACAACGCCAAGUGCAUAUGUACUGUAUUCAAGACUUUUUUUGUUUUUUUACGGGGAGGGGGUCAGGUUUAUCUGCAUCAGUAAUUCUAGAUUCUUGAAAUAUGCUUAAAACAGACGCUUUCCCACCCCCGUUUUUUUCCAGAAAGUAUAGAUAACUACAUAUGCAUGUUUUAAUAUUUCACGUCGUAUAUACGUUACGUAAACCUUUUAAGCCUUUUUAAAAUAAUUGCCCAUUCAUUUACAAUUUGUUAUUGUAGUAAAACAUCCCAUAAAGUCAAUACACAUAAGUUUUUAAGGAUUUUCAAUCUACUGUAUGUGCCAUAGUGAAAUAUUUCUAAUGUAUUAUGGUUUUUCAGUCGUUUUGAGGUAUUGUUAGUUGGUGAUAGCGAGCAUAAAAAAAUGGGAUUUUAUGUCUAUUGCGACGUGUUGUAAAUAAUUCCUCAAUCAAACAUUUGUAUAAUAGUAUAAAAGAGGUUAAAAGGUGUGGCGUCAAAGAAAUAUUGCAUGCUUUACAUACAGCCUGUAUUAUUUUCAAGGUUUAUUUAUGGAGCACUAUAUACACUUUAUCAUAUGUGACUGCAAUGCGAUAGUAACAAAUAUUUUCAUAACUUUUUUUUUGUGUUUGUGAAUUAUUCACUGGUCUGUUUGUUGACAAGGAAAAUAAAACUUAAAAUAUGA